GCGGUCCAAGGCGUGCCAGAACAGUCUCCUCCCUCCGCCCUCUUCCUCUUUCUCCCAAGCGCCUGGGCCCCUCACUGCUCCCAGGACAGCUGUUGAAUCUGGACGAGCAGUGAGGAGUUCCGUUUUCCGAUGCUUUCUGCGUUCCUGGCUGCUUGCUGUGGCUGCUGAAGGGGCCGCCGCCUUCCACCGUUUACACAGCCUCAGGAAAAGAAAGGAACUUCGUACGUUCCAGAUCGCUUCCUCUCGUAGGAAACUACUGAGCACAGUAGGAAUAAAGAUGGCCGCUGGACCAGUAGAAGACAAUUGCAUUAGCUUGGUGGAAAUGAAAUUUAUUGACAACACACUUUACUUUGUAGCUGAAAACGAUGAAAACCUGGAAUCAGAUUACUUUGGCAGGCUUGAACCUAAACUCUCAAUCAUACGAAAUUUGAACGACCAAGUUCUCUUCAUUAACCAGGGAAAUCAACCUGUGUUUGAGGAUAUGCCUGAUUCUGAUUGUACAGACAACGCACCCCAGACCGUAUUUAUCAUAUAUAUGUAUAAAGAUAGCCUCACUAGAGGUCUAGCGGUAACCAUCUCUGUGAAGUGUGAGAAAACGUCUACUCUCUCCUGUAAGAACAAAAUUAUUUCCUUUAAGGAAAUGAGUCCUCCUGAGAAUAUCAAUGAUGAAGGAAAUGACAUCAUAUUCUUUCAGAGAAGUGUUCCAGGACAUGAUGAUAAGAUACAGUUUGAGUCUUCACUGUAUAAAGGAUACUUUCUAGCUUGUGAAAAAGAGAAUGAUCUUUUCAAACUCAUUUUGAAAGAAAAGGAUGAAAAUGGGGAUAAAUCUGUAAUGUUCACUGUUCAAAACCAGAACUAGAUAUUAAAAUUGCAUAGUUGAAACUUUCUGAGUUUUUGUCUUUCAAAAAGUUUAUGAGUUUGAACCUAUAACUGUGAUGAAUAAAAUGAAUACUGCUCCCAAAAGAUACCACUAAGAAAUGAAUAAUAAACUUUCACAAAAUUGAA